AUGACUUCGACCGCGACAGCUCAGAAUCUCUCUUUUGUCCUCGAGGGUAUCCACAAGGUCAAGUUCGAAGACCGACCAGUGCCACAACUUAAAAACCCCCACGAUGUCCUGAUCAACGUCAAGUACACCGGUAUCUGCGGUAGUGAUGUGCACUAUUGGGAGCAUGGUGCGAUCGGCCAAUUCGUGGUCAAGGACCCCAUGGUACUCGGUCAUGAGUCGGCCGGCGUGAUCAGCCAGGUUGGGUCAGCGGUCACUACGUUGAAGGUGGGCGACCGGGUGGCCAUGGAACCCGGCAUUUCAUGCCGUCGGUGUGAGCCCUGCAAGAGCGGCAAGUACAACCUGUGCGAGAACAUGGCCUUUGCCGCGACCCCGCCCUAUGACGGCACCCUGGCCAAAUACUAUGUCCUCCCGGAGGACUUCUGCUACAAGCUGCCCGAACACCUCUCCCUGCAGGAGGGUGCCUUGAUGGAGCCCCUCGGCGUGGCGGUUCACAUCGUCCGACAGGCGCAAGUCAGCCCGGGACAGACGGUAGUCGUGUUCGGGGCAGGGCCCGUGGGGCUGCUCUGCUGCGCUGUGGCAACCGCCUUUGGUGCAUCUAAGGUGAUUGCAGUGGACAUCCAGGAGUCGCGGUUGGCUUUUGCUAAGGAGUAUGCGACUACGUCGACCUUCAUGCCCUCGAAGGCAUCCGCGAUCGAGAAUGCCGAGCGGUUGCGCCAGGAGAAUGACCUUGGGGCCGGUGCCGAUGUGGCCAUUGACGCAUCGGGCGCUGAGCCCUCGGUCCACACGGGCAUCCACGUCCUCCGCACUGGAGGCACCUAUGUGCAAGGUGGCAUGGGCCGCAGCGAGAUUCAAUUCCCCAUCAUGGCCGCAUGCUCGAAGGAAUUGACCCUCAGGGGUAGCUUUCGCUACGGCAGCGGAGACUACAAGCUUGCUGUCAGCUUGGUUGCUUCGGGUAAGGUAGAUGUGAAGAAGUUGAUCACCGGCACCGUCAAGUUUGAGGAGGCCGAGAGUGCAUUCAAAGACGUCAAGGCCGGCAAGGGCAUUAAGACUCUGAUUGCUGGGAUCAACGAGUAA